AUGAACGGUCUCUUCGCGCUCGGCUCAAAUGGGUCGGGCCAACUUGGCAUAGGGCACAAGGAGGACGUCUCCGUACCGAAGCAAGUCGAGUUCAUCGGCGAAGCUCCCGACGACGAAAUUGUGCAAAUUGCAGCCGGAGGUAACCAUUCCAUUAUCGUCACGGAAACCGGAAAAGCGUAUUGGUCCGGGGAUUCGUCAAGCGGCGCCUGUGGGAUCGUGAAAGACGCUGGGGAUACGGAUGCAUCCAAAUUCCAUGAGCUAAUCCUUUCAACCUCGGAGCACCUCGGCCCCGUCGCCCACGUAGCUUGCACGUGGGACUCGUCCGUUAUUGUUCUAAAGGAUGAAGAUAAUAGAGCGACGCAAGUUUACACAUGUGGAGUACCUGAUAUAGGGGCGGCAUGCGCAAACUCCGAAUCAGCUACCUUGGAAACGCCGGCUUUGCUUAAUAAUUUCCCUCCGUCAGGAACGGAAGUUCGAAGUCUUGCCGCUGGAUUUAGACACGUUGUCGUCUUGCUAGACAAUGGGGACGUUUACGGCUGGGGUAACGGCCGAAAGGGCCAAUUAGGGGAAUUAGCUGAUACGGCUGAUUCAAAAGGCGUAAUUCACCAUCCUCAGAAAAUCAAAGGAAUUCCUUUCAAGGUGUCCGAUGCGGUAUGUUGUCAGUAUACGACUUGUUUCGUUAGUGAGCCUGGAGAUGGCCGUAUAAUUGUUGUCGGGGCCGAUAAAUGGGGUCUGAAAAGCGCCGCACCUGUUGAGAUACCUAAUUGGAAUACGAUUGGCGCAAGUUGGGGGAGUAUCUAUGUCUUACAGCGAAACGGUCAACUUGUCGCAUGGGGCCGGGACGACCACGGCCAGCUCCCACCCCUAUUACUUCCAGAGCUAGAGAAUGUCGCUGCUGGAAGCGAGCAUGUUCUGGCAUUGACCAAGGAUGGAGAUGUCUUAUCCUGGGGUUGGGGUGAGCAUGGAAAUUGCGGACCACAAACCGAAAAGUACGGAGAUGUUAAGGGACGAUGGAACGUACUUGCGUCAUUGAAGAAUAUGCCAGAGGGAUCUAAGAUUACAGCUAUUGGAGCUGGGUGUGCUACAAGUUGGAUCAAUAUCACGACAGAAGGACUUUACCUCUGAGACAUUACCCCUCGCAGACAUUUUGACCCCUCCUCCCUAAGCAGC